AUGGCGAGCGGUGAUCGAAAACGGUCUCUGCAGCUCAAUAAGCGAGAUAAGGUCCAAUCGCGGUUUGUGCCGGCGCCGGCUCACAAGCCGCCUCCACAGCCUCGACUUGCGCGCGCUGGACUGCCACAUGAGCUAGACAGGGAUAGCAUUUUAUUGAGAGCAGCAAGCAACUAUUACCCGGAAGGUGAAGGUGAAGGAGGAUGUAGUGAAUUUCCUCCCCUCAUGCUACACAAGUCAUGGACGAAGGGAGUGCCGUACAGAGAUGGAUUCGACCAUGCAAAACCAUCUGAUUCUAUAGGAAAUUGCUAUUCGGUGACAACUAAAACGAUCCGCGGCAUCAACAUGCCACCAAAGCGCCGCGCUCCACCUGAUCUAUACGGACCUAUUGGGCCUAACGGCGAGCUGCAGUUCCCACCGCUAAAGCCUUGGGCUGAAAGAGAGAAAGAGAAGUUAGAGGCUCUUAAAAAGGAGCAGGAUAAGAAAAAGCUACCCAAAGGCCAUGUAUUGUUAGAGGACUUGGUAUCUGGUGCGUAUGAAAGAAAGAAAGCGGCAGCAGCAGAAGCGAAAAGGAGAAGAGUUGAGAAGAAGCGUCAGGAGAAGGAAGCUGCAGAAAUGGCGGCGCAGGAGGCAUUGAAGAAGCAUUUAGCGAGAUUGGCAUUUGAACUUCCACGUGAUCCUGACGAACAAAAGGCCGAAAUGUUGAAGAUUACAGAGGAGGAGCAUUUUAAAUAUUUGCACCCUAAAGAAUUGGAGAGGAUACAAUAUUACAUGACCACGUCGCUAACCGAUAGGCACAUACCGGAAUUCCCUCAAGACCUUUACCAGCGAGCUAAGACCGCCGUCGACAAGCAGACGGCCUCUAUCAAGAAACGUCUUAUGAUACUUUUAUACCAAGCGUGCGUGCGGCAAAGCGAGACUGAAAUAAGGGAAACCUUUAUGGCGGCAAUGAAAAGGUGCCUCAUAGCGUACAUCCUGGAGGAUCCCAGCGAGCGGCUGCGGCUGGGCAUUUCACACGUGCCUACGCUGUGGCCGGCGCUGGUGGUGCGCGCGCCGGCGCCGUGGCACGCGGCCGCCGUGCGCGCGCGCCACGCGCUCAGCCACCGCCACUGCCACGCCAACCCCGUGCUGCUGCACCUGCGCCGCCUGUGGCACGACAGAUAUGAAAAUAUGUACAUAUGUGAUAUGCGGAAGAUGCAGGAAGACCUCCCUUUCCCCCAGUACCCAUCAGAGUUCACCGAACGCCUGCAGAAACUUUGCGCGGCGACUAAAACCGAGCUGUUGGAUGACUGGCUGAUUGACGUCGCCGACACCAUGGUGAAAAUGAGGAAGCACUGGUCGAUAUACGUGGGAAAGCAGAAGAACGCAUCUACGUUUGAAGUGGAGAAGUUCUUCAGUUGCAUUCACGGUUUGAUGUCCAGACAAAUUCGUGAUCUUGUGGAACGCAGCGUGAACCACUUCGCCGAGUAUUUUGCGUAUUAUUGGGAAGGCAACGACUACGGGGAAGAAUAUCAGGACUACACGUUUAUCAAGACGCCUUUACUUCGUAUUAAGGUGAUCGGACAUCCAGGCUCCACUAACAUAACGUUCGAGCCGAGCCUCGAACAGAUGAGGGUGUUGAUUGUGAAAUGGUUCCACACCAUCAUCAACGUUAAUAUCCAAUUGCCCAGCGUGGAUACUAUUAUGUAUCCAGGCGUCGCGCGUCCGAAUCCCUAUUUGCUAGCUGUUUAUCCCGACGAGGAGUACAUGAUGGACAUUAUAAAUAAGACGGUGAAGCAUUUCAACGUGAACCGCCCUGGCCCUCUGAGCUUCAUCAAGCGCUAUCAAGAAUACUACCACAUCCUGGAUGGCACCGCGCAUCAGGAGCUUCUGCAGUUCUUUGCGCAAGAGCCACCACCAUAUCUUAAGGACUUCUCGGCUCGCAUAUAUAUGUACGAGAAAUUACGAGAUGAGGUCUUGUUCCUCCGUCGUGAUAUUCCGCUGAAUAUGAUCAUGUUGGACUGUGGGCCCAUCAACGACGCCAUGUGGGACAUUGUCAACGGCCUUCGCCAGUACAUCGUCGACCACUUCGUCACUGAGAACAGGAAAUGGAACAGAGCCAUCUGCGACGUGUACGAGGAGAUGGGCGCGCGCGCGUCGGAGAGCCCGGAGAGGACGGCGCAGCUGGUGGCGCUGCUGGCCUACGUGCUCGAGUGCCGCGACUGCGCGCUCUUCGAGCUGCGCGACCGCACGCGCACCGCCGCGCAACACGUGCUCUUCCUCAUGCAGCACGCCCACCUCUCAUUUGAAGAUAUAAAUCUCAAUACACGCGUGUUCCUUUGGCCACUCGACAUGGAGGAGACAAUCGAUUUAACACUAAAAACAUUGAACACCAAGAAGACCAUGGCAGAAGACAAACUGAAAAGCAAGAAGGCUAUAUUUGAGGAGAAGCUAAAGCGACACGAAAAAGAGCUGGAGCUGUUUAGAAGAUUUGAUCCGCCAUUAUUGAAUCUUGACCUUUUGAAAGAAGUUGUGGUGAAGGUGGACGAAAUUUUCACUAACUUGAUGGAGGAUAAGCGGGAGGCCGACGACAUUAUCAACGAGGAGCAACUCUUGGAGCAAGAGGUGUCAGCGUACUACAGCUUGCAGACCAUGUUGGCCGGCAUUGAUCCGUUCCACAAGCUCUGGCACACUGCUUACGAUUUCUACGAUGGCUAUGAGAAAUGGUACCACGGUCCGUUCCACGGGCUAGACGCUGAGCAGAUAUCAUCUGAUGUGGAAGCGUGGUGGAAACUGCUGUACAAGCUCGGACGUCAGCUAUUCGAGUUCCCGGGCGCCAAGCGCAUCGCCGACAUGGUGCGGAACAAGGUCGAGAAGUUCAAGGUUCUGCUCCCGGUGCUGUGCGCUAUAUGUAACAAGGGCAUGCGUGAUCGCCACUGGGCUCAAAUAAGCAGCUUGGUCGGUGCUGAAGUUGUCCACGGACCGGAGACAACCCUCGCUGACAUGGUGGAACAAGGUGUCCACGUGUUCGCGUCACAACUGGAAGAAAUCGAGCAGUACGCCGCCAAGGAAUAUGCAUUGGAACAAUCGCUAAUAAAGAUGAAAGAAGAAUGGGUUGGAGUCAAGUUCGAAGUUAUGCCUUAUAGGGACACUGGUGUCGGUGUUUUGACCGGCCUAGAUGACAUCCAACAGUUGCUCGACGAUCAUAUACUGAAAUCGCAGACGAUGCGUGGCUCGCCUUACGUGAAAGCAUUUGAAGCCGACAUGGUGGCUUGGGAGGAGAAACUGAUCAGUAUGCAGGAUAUCUUGGACCAGUGGUUACAGUGUCAAGCAACCUGGAUGUACUUAGAGCCGAUCUUCUCGUCUGAAGACAUCAUGCGGCAAAUGCCGACUGAAGCACGGAACUUCCGCGACGUGGACAAAGAAUGGCGCACCAUAAUGUCCGCCACGCAGAAAGAACCCUUGGUCCUCAAGGCUACCGAUUUUCCAUCACUGUUGAAGAAAUUGAAAUACAACAAUACGCUUUUGGAUGAUAUACAGAGAGGACUGAACGAUUACUUGGAGAAAAAGAGAUUGUUCUUCCCCAGAUUCUUCUUUUUGUCCAAUGAUGAGCUCCUAGAGAUACUCUCCGAGACGAAGGAUCCAAUGAGAGUUCAACCUCACCUUAAGAAGUGUUUCGAAGGCAUUUACACUCUGGAGUUUAACGCCGCGAACGAGAUCGUCGGCAUGGUGUCUGCAGAGGGCGAAGUGGUCAAGUUGUCCUCUAGUAUACAGCCUGCUGAUGCAAAGGGCAUGGUGGAGCGGUGGCUGCAGCAGCUGGAGCAGCAGAUGGCGGUGAGCCUGCGCGACCUGGCGGCGGAGUCGCUGGCCGCGUACUGCGGCGCCGUGCGCGAGCGCUGGGUGCUCGCCUGGCCCGGCCAGCUGGUGCAGUCCGGCGCCUGCCUGCAUUAUACCUGCGAGGCGACGGAAGCCAUACAGUCAUCAAGUUUGCCGCAGCUGGUAGAGCGCUGCACGGAGCAAAUCAACGGACUCGUGUACCUGGUGCAGGGAGACCUGGACCCAGGGAAUCGCAUCACUGUUGAAGCGCUCAUUGUGCUUGACGUACACGGACGAUCAAUCCUUGAAGAGAUGGUGCAGAAGAAGGUGGCAGACGUGACGGACUUCAACUGGAUAUCGCAGCUGCGGUACUACUGGCGCGGAGAGCGACUUCAGUGCUGCAUGAUCAGCACAGAAGUGCAGUACGGUUUCGAGUACCUCGGUAACACCGGCCGUCUCGUCGCCACUCCACUCACCGACCGCUGUUACAGAACACUAAUGAGCGCUUUGAAACUUAAUCUCGGUGGUGCGCCUGAGGGGCCAGCCGGCACGGGAAAGACAGAGACCACGAAGGACCUGGCCAAGGCUGUGGCCAAGAAAUGCGUCGUCUUCAAUUGCUCCGACGGUCUCGAUUACAAAGCGCUUGGGAAGUUCUUUAAGGGAUUAGCUCAGUCUGGUGCUUGGGCUUGUUUCGACGAGUUCAACCGCAUCGAGUUGGAAGUGCUGUCAGUCGUAGCUCAACAAAUCCUUUCCAUACAACUGGCCAUCCUGCGGCGGGAGAAGCGCUUCGUCUUCGAGGGCACAGAGAUUUCUCUCAACCCGACUUGCUCAGUUUUCAUCACGAUGAAUCCGGGUUACGCCGGUAGAACGGAACUGCCCGACAACCUUAAGGUGUUAUUUAGGACGGUGGCGAUGAUGGUGCCGGACUACGCAAUGAUCGGUGAAAUCACGCUCUACUCGAAUGGAUUUGUCAACGCUGGACCGCUGGCCCGCAAGAUAGUGCAGGCAUACAAGCUAUGCUCGGAGCAACUGUCGUCGCAGAACCACUAUGACUACGGCAUGCGCGCCGUCAAGUCAGUACUGCUCGCGUCCGGAGCUCUAAAGAAAAAUUACCCGGAGAAAGAUGAGGCUCAGCUAGUGCUGAGGGCUGUUAUCGACGUCAACAUGCCCAAGUUCCUCUCACAGGACGUGCCCCUGUUCACGGGUAUCUACUCGGAUCUGUUCCCGGGCGUGGAGAUCCCUCAGCCGGACCGCGCCGAGCUGCUCGUCUGCAUCAAGAAAGAGCUGGAUAAACGCAACCUCCAGCCCACAGACUGGUAUCUGGAGAAGAUCAUACAGAUCUACGAAAUGAUGCUAGUACGUCACGGUUUCAUGAUUGUCGGUCCACCGAUGGGCGGCAAAACCCAGGCCUACCAGACUCUGGCAGAGUCGCUGCGCGCACUGCAGCUGAUGAAGCCACCGCCGCGGCACAAGGAGUUCGGAGCUAUCUAUCGCAUUAUCAACCCUAAGGCUAUCACAAUGGGGCAGCUUUACGGUUGCUUCGAUCCCGCUUCGCAUGAAUGGUCUGACGGAGUGCUGGCGAUAGCGUUCCGCGAGUAUGCAAUGUCGUUGACCCGCGACCGCAAGUGGAUCCUGUUCGACGGCCCAGUGGAUGCUGUGUGGAUCGAGAACAUGAACACCGUGCUGGACGACAAUAAGAAGCUGUGCCUCAUGAGUGGGGAGAUCAUACAGAUGACCAACAAGAUGAAUCUCAUCUUCGAGCCAGCGGACUUGGAGUUCGCUUCCCCGGCCACGGUGUCUCGCUGUGGCAUGAUCUACAUGGAACCAGAACAGCUAGGUUGGCGCGCAUUUUUGGCCUCGUACAAUACUCACUUGAGCAAGAAGUUGAUCCCGGAGCAGUUUGACCUGAUCCAGGAGCUAAUCGACUGGCUUGUGCCGCCAAUAUUCGACUUCCUUAUGCUGCGUUGCCAACAGUUUGUGAAAGUUGGGGAGAUCCAUCAGUUUUAUUCGUUCACACGCUUGUUCACUUGCCUGCUGGAAGGCGAGUCGCAGUUCAGUACCGUGUGGUUGCAGUGCACUUUUGUGUUCGCCCUCUUAUGGGGACUCGCCGCCACUAUCAAUGGUGAAAGUCGUAAAAUGUUUGACACAUUCUUUCGUAAGUUACUAGACGGCAGCAACGCAACGUAUCCUAAACCGAAGUCCUUCAAGUUGUCCAAGAACCAGCUUUUCCAGGAUAAGGACACUGUGUUCGAUUAUGUGUAUGACAAGCGCAACAACGGCACCUGGAUACCAUGGGUCGACCUGGAGAAGGAAACGCCUAUACCGGUUAACGCGAAGGUUAACGAACUGAUAAUCCUGACGAAUGAGAAUGCUUACCUUCGAUAUUUCGUGACAAAGAUGGUGAACUCACGAAUACCAAUCCUUUUGGUUGGUCCCACCGGCACUGGAAAGUCUUCUCUUGUGUUAGACUUUCUGCUCUCAUUGCCUAAGGACAAGUAUAUCACUAAUACCGUUAACUUUUCUGCUAGAACUAGCGCUAAUCAGACUCAAGACAUCAUAAUGUCUAAAGUAGACAGAAGACGCAAAGGUGUAUUUGGACCUUCCAUGGGCAAAAAGUGCGUCUUGUUCGUCGACGACCUGAGCAUGCCGCAAAAAGAGCAAUGGGGUGCCCAACCACCUUUGGAGUUACUGCGGCAGUGGGUUGACCAUGGACACUGGUACGACCUCAAGGAUAAAGCUCGCCAAGAAGUGGUUGAUGUGCUGUUGGUCUCGGCAAUGCUUCCGCCAGGAGGUGGCUCCAACCUGAUAUCAUCGCGUUUAACUCGCCACAUGAUGCUGAUUACGCUGGACUCUUUUGAGGAUAAUACAUUGAACAAAAUAUUCUGUACAAUAAUGGACUGGCAUUUCAGUAAAGGAUUCGCUGAUGUAUUGGUUCGUCAGAGUAAGGCGGUCGUGUCUGCUACAAUGGAGGUAUACAAAGCGGUGACAGUGCAGUUCUUACCUACGCCGAGCAAGUGUCACUACUUGUUCAACCUGCGGGACUUCGCGCGCGUCAUGCGCGGCGUACUUCUCGUCCCUCACACGCAUAUGAAGGAACUGAGUAAACUUGUGCUGCUCUGGAUACACGAAACUUACCGCGUGUUCUAUGACCGCUUGACGGACGAUACUGACAGAGCUCGCUUAUUCGAAAUAGUUUAUAAAGCGGUAUAUUCGAACUACCGAGUCCACAUGGACCAAGUGCUGACAGAGCUCGGUUACAUACCGGAGGGCGAGAAGUGUUCCGAUCGACACGUUAACAAUAUUUUUUUCGGCAACUACAUGGAACCAGACGCCGAUCCUAAGAUUUACGACCAGGUAAUGGACUUAGAUGACAUGGCGGUUAAGAUGGAGUACUAUCUGGAGGAGUACAACGUGGUAUCAUCGUCACCGAUGUCGUUGGUGAUGUUCCGCUACGCAUUAGAUCAUAUCUCGAGAUGCACUAGGGUUUUGCUACAGGAUAAUGGUAACUUACUACUGGUCGGCGUAGGUGGAAGCGGCAGAAGUAGCGCCGUGAAACUUGCUGCAAGCAUUUUAGAAAUGAACGUUAUACAGAUUGAAAUUUCGCGCGUUUAUGGACAAACUGAAUGGCGUGAUGAUAUUCGUAAAAUGCUCAUGAAGGCAGGCAUCAUUGGAAAGCCGCUCGCCUUUCUCUUUUCUGACAAUCAGAUAAUGUAUGAAGGCAUGGUGGAAGACAUCAACAUGUUGUUGAACACAGGUGAUAUACCCAAUCUGUACGGUAUGGAAGAAAAGGUUGAAAUACUGGACAAGAUGCAAUCGGCAGUAAGAGAAAGCGGUAAAAAGAUGGAGACAACGCCGCUGGCAAUGUUCGGUUUCUAUGUAGAGCGAGUAAAAGCAAACCUGCGUACAGUGAUGGCCAUGUCGCCCAUUGGAGACUCGUUUAGGAACCGUCUCAGAAUGUUCCCCUCGUUAAUCAACUGCUGCACUAUUGACUGGUUUACCGCUUGGCCUCCAGAGGCUUUAGAACGUGUCGCCUCUAUGUUCAUUAACAAGAUGGAUGACGUUAAUGAAGAACUUCGUGAAGCGUGCGUGGAAAUGUGUCAGUUGUUCCACACCAGCGUCGUGCAACUUAGCGAUAGAUUCUACACAGAGCAGAGGAGGAAAGUGUACGUCACUCCGACAAGCUAUUUAGAACUCAUAAAGGCUUUUCAGAGCUUGUAUACCCUGAAAGUGGAUCAGAUAACAAAAUCAAGAAUUCGGUACGAGACAGGGCUGGAACAGCUGGAGUUCGCCGCAGGGCAGGUGGCCGUGAUGCAGGGCAACCUGAUAGACCUGCAGCCGCAGCUCGUCGAGACCUCCGACAAAACAGAGAAGCUAAUGAUCAAGAUCGAACAGGACACCGUAGUGGUCGAGAAGCAGAAAGAGAUCGUGGGUGCGGACGAGGCGCUUGCGAACGAGGCAGCUGCUGCAGCUCAGGCGAUCAAGGACGACUGCGAGUCCGAUCUAGCUGAAGCCGUGCCCGCACUGGCAGCUGCACUGGCCGCUCUUGACACUCUCAAGCCCGCUGACGUCACGCUCGUCAAGGCCAUGAAGAACCCGCCCGCUGGUGUCAAACUCGUCAUGGAGGCCGUCUGUGUCAUGAAAGGCGUGCGCGGCGACAGGAAGCUCGAUGCCACCGGUAAAGCUUACGAAGACUUUUGGGGACCAUCGCAGAAGAUGCUCGGUGACAUGAAAUUCCUCGACAGCCUAAGGAACUAUGAUAAGGACAAUAUUCCUCCUGCAAUUAUGAAAAAAAUACGAGAAAAAUACAUCCCGGAUCGAGAGUUCGACCCUGUCGUGAUAGCCAAGGUGUCUUCUGCUUGCGAGGGUCUGUGCCGCUGGGUCCGCGCUAUGGACGUCUACGAUAGGGUCAUCAAGGUGGUAGCACCAAAGAAAGCCGCUCUGGCGGAGGCUGAGGCGGAACUCCAAGUGCAGAUGAACACCCUGAACGAGAAGCGAGCUCAGCUUCAGGCCGUGUUGGACAAACUGCAGGCUCUAAAUGACGAGUUUGCGGAAAUGACGCGGAAGAAGAAAGGUCUAGAAGAUGAGAUCGACCUGUGCUCGACGAAGCUGGCGCGCGCCGAGCAGCUGAUUGGCGGCCUGGGCGGGGAGAAGGCGCGCUGGACGCAGCUGGCCCAGCAGCUGCAGGAGUUACUCUCUAACAUUAUCGGUGAUGUCCUAUUGUCGGCUGGUUUCAUCGCGUACUUGGGUCCCUACACAGUGAGCUAUAGACGAGAACUUAUACAGAUUUGGAACCAAAGGACAAAGGAGCUCAAUAUACCAUGUUCGGACGCUUACUCGCUGAUAACGACCCUGGGUGAGCCCGUGGUGAUCAGAGCAUGGAACAUUGCGGGUUUGCCUGUGGACUCCUUUUCCAUAGAGAACGGUAUCAUUGUGGAGAAAUCUCGACGUUGGGCGCUCAUGAUCGACCCUCAGGAGCAAGCGAAUAAAUGGGUAAAGAACAUGGAACGGGAAAACCAGCUGAAAGUGAUAAAAUUGACGGACGCGAACUACACGCGAGUGCUGGAGAACGCGAUCCAGCUGGGCCUGCCGGUGCUGCUGGAGAACGUGCGCGAGCAUCUGGACGCGGUGCUUGAACCCGUGCUGCUCAGAAACAUAUUCAGGUCAGGCGGCAUAGACUGCUUGAAGUUCGGCGACAACAUCUUGGAGUACAAUUACGAUUUCCGCUUCUACAUUACGACGCGUCUCAGCAACCCGCACUACUUGCCAGAGAUUGCAGUCAAAGUAACAUUGUUAAACUUCAUGAUAACGCCCCAAGGGUUAGAAGAUCAAUUACUAGGCAUCGUAGUGGCACAAGACAGACCUGAACUGGAGCUUAAGAAAAAUCAACUUAUAGUCGAGGGUGCAAACAAUAAAAGGACUUUGAAAGAAAUUGAAGAUAAAAUACUUGAGGUGCUGUCGUCCGCCGGUAACAUCCUGGAGGACGAGUCGGCGAACGUGAUUCUGUCGUCGUCGAAGCAGCUGUCGCUGGAGAUCGAGGCGAAGCAGGCGGCGGCGGCGGGCACCGAGCGCGAGAUCGACGCCGCGCGCCAACUCUACGUGCCCGUCUCCGAGCACAGCUCCGUGCUCUUCUUCUGCAUUUCCGAUCUGGCGAACAUCGAUCCUAUGUACCAGUACUCGCUUAAUUGGUUCAUAAAUCUAUACAACCAGGCGAUUAUAAAUUCACCGAAAAGCGACGAUCUGUCUGUACGUCUGCAGGGACUCAACGAUUACUUCACACGUAGCAUCUACGAAAAUGUCUGCCGCAGCCUGUUCGAAAAGGAUAAACUUAUAUUCUCUCUCGUUCUAACUCUUGGCUUGCUGAGACCUAAGGGAGAAAUAGACGAUGAGCUGGUGGCGUUCCUGUUGACCGGCGGCGUGGCACUGGAGAACCCUUACGAGAAUCCGGCGCCCGGCUGGCUUUCAGAGAAAUCUUGGUCGGAGAUCGUGCGCUGUAGCAAUCUGAAUGGGUUGCGUGGUUUCAAAGAAAACUUUGAAGCGAAUUUGAACAGCUGGAAGGAGUUCUACGAUCUAUCGGCUCCACAAGAAAGCAAUUUCCCCACGCCCUAUGAAAACAUCAACGGGAUUCCGGAACUCAUUAUUCUGAGGUGCAUCCGCCCAGACAAACUGAUCCCAUUGGUGCAACAAUAUGUGGCCGAAUCUCUGGGGCGGAAUUACAUCGAGCCGCCGCCCUUUGAUCUCCAGCGUUCGUACGACGAUAGCAACUGCUGCUCACCACUCAUCUUCAUACUGUCUCCCGGUUCAGACCCCAUGUCGGGACUCGUCAAGUUCUCGAUGGAAAAGAAGGUCGUUAGCUUCGAGACUAUCUCGCUUGGACAGGGUCAGGGCCCCAUAGCAGCUAACAUGAUAAACCAAGCGAUAGUGUCGGGCGGCUGGGUGGUGCUGCAGAACUGCCACGUGAUGGAGUCGUGGAUGGGCGAGCUGGAGCGCAUCUGCGCCGAGGUGAUCGUUCCACAAGCGACGCACCCGCACUUCCGGUGCUGGCUCACGUCGUACCCGAGCAAGGCGUUCCCGGUUACUGUGCUACAGAACGGAGUGAAAAUGACGAACGAGGCACCAAAAGGUCUCAAGAACAACAUGUACCGUUCGUACACGUCGGACCCGAUCUGCGAGCCGGAGUUCUACAUAUCGUGUCCGCGAACUGAAGAGUGGAGGCGGCUAUUGUUUGCGCUAUGUUUCUUCCACGCUCUGGUGCAGGAGCGACGCGCGUUUGGACCACUCGGCUGGAACAUACCGUACGAGUUCAACGAGAGCGACCUCAGGAUCUGCAUCAUGCAGCUGCAGAUGUUCUUGUCCGAGUACGCGGAGACACCGUUCGAGGCGCUGAACUACCUCGCGGGCGAGUGCAACUACGGCGGUCGGGUCACCGACGACAAGGAUCGCAGACUCAUCCUCUCGCUACUCUCCAUUUUCUACAACGAAGAGGUCAUUACGGAUCCGAACUACUCGUUUUCCCCGAGCGGUAACUACCGGAUCCCGCCAAGCAUGGAUUACAACUCCGUGCUAGAACACAUCAAGGCACUGCCCAUGAUUGCGAAACCCGAAGUGUUCGGGCUGCACGAGAACGCCGACAUCACGAAAGACAACAAGGAGACUGCUGCGUUGCUGUUUGGAUGCCUGCUGACGCAGACGUGGCUGGCGGGCGGCGGUGGUGGGGGUGGGGAGGGCGGGGAAGCGCGCGGUGUGGGCGAGCUAACGCGCGAGCUGCUGGCGCGCCUGCCGCCGCCCUACGACGUGGUGAUGGUCUCGCGCCGCCACCCAGUGCAGUACUACAACAGCAUGAACACCGUGCUCAAACAGGAGCUGAUCCGCUACAACCGGCUACUCGCGGUUGUAUCGCGAACUCUUCAAGGCGUAAACCUAGCGGCGCAGGGGCUGGCCAUAAUGAGCGCCGAGCUGGAGGCGUGCGCGGACUCGUUCCUCAAGGGGCUGGUGCCUAACGCCUGGAUGGCCAAGUCCUAUCCCUCUAUGAAGCCACUGGGCUCCUACAUGACGGACUUUCUUGCGAGACUAAAGUUCCUUCAAGACUGGAUAGACGAAGGACCACCAACAGUAUUUUGGAUAUCAGGAUUCUUUUUCACCCAGUCUUUCCUCACUGGAGUUCUGCAGAACUAUUCUCGGCAUAAUAAGAUACCUAUCGAUCAGGUGCACUUCGAGUUCACCAUCACAGGCAUGGAGGCGGAGUGUGAAGAGGAGCCCACAUUUGGAGUUUACUGCAAGGGUCUUUAUCUAGAGGGUGCCAGAUGGAACCGUGAAACAAGUCAGCUAGACGAGUCCUACCCAAAGAUCCUGUUUGAUACAAUCCCUAUUAUUUGGUUCAAGCCGGCGUUAAUCGUCGAUUUCAACCCGCCACCCAGCUACUUCUGUCCAAUAUAUAAAACUAGUGAGAGAAAGGGGGUCCUAGCAACAACGGGCCAUUCCAGUAACUUUGUAAUGUAUGUAACACUGAGAUCGGACGUACCAGAAAAACAUUGGAUUAACAGAGGUGUUGCUAGCUUAACGCAACUUGAUGAUUAA